AUGAUCAGUAACCUUAAGCUUGGAGUAGAAGUAGUGAGUGCACACAAUUUAUUACCAAAAGAUGGUCAAGGCUCAUCUAGUGCCUUUGUGGAGCUAUACUUCGAUGGACAAAGACAUCGUACAACCAUUAAAGAGAAAGAUCUAAAUCCAGUUUGGAACGAGACUUUCUUCUUCAACAUCUCAGACCCUUCCAAUCUCCAUUACCUUUCUCUGGAUGUCAACGUGUUUAACAAUGUCAGAGCCACCAACUCACGCUCCUUCCUCGGAAAAAUCAGCCUCACCGGAACUUCCUUCGUCCCUUACACAGACGCCGUCGUUUUCCACUACCAUCUAGAGAAACGCGGCUUCUUAUCUCGUGUCAGAGGAGAGCUCGGUCUCAAAGUCUACGUUACAGAUGAAGCCACCGUAAAAUCCUCACUCAAUACUAAUCAUUCCGGCACCCCUGUCGAUCAAGCAGGUCAUGAAAACCCGACUCGGAAAGUCGCGUCUCGGCAUACUUUUCAUCAUUUACCUAAUCAAACUCAUCACCACAGUGAUCACUCCUCUUCCUCCGCCAUUGUCACCCCCACGGCUUCAACUGCAACUCUUCCUCAUCUUGACCCUCACGCUCACCAUAAUGCCGCCAAAUACGGUGUUAUGGAUGAGAUGAUGAAACAUCCUGAGCAACAGCAGCCUGCGAAGCUAGUCCGGAUGUACUCGGCUACGCAGCCGAUGGACUACGCUUUAAAGGAAACUAGUCCAUUUCUGGGCGGCGGAAGAGUUGUCGGCGGUCGCGUGGUUCGUGGCGGAGACAAGACCUCCAGCACUUACGAUCUAGUCGAGAGAAUGUAUUUUCUGUACGUGAGAGUUGGGAAGGCUCGUGAGCUUCCGGCUAUGGACAUUACGGGGAGUUUAGAUCCGUUUGUCGAAGUCAAGAUCGGAAACUAUAAAGGGAUAACGAAACAUUUUGAUAAGAAACAAAAUCCGGAAUGGAAUCAGGUUUUCGCAUUCUCGAAGGACAGAAUGCAAGCUUCGGUACUUGAAGUUGUGGUCAAAGAUAAAGAUUUAGUCAAAGACGAUUUCGUUGGUAUUGUGAGAUUUGAUAUUAACGAAAUCCCACUCCGAGUUCCUCCUGAUAGUCCUUUGGCUCCGGAAUGGUACAGACUUGAGGAUAAGAAAGGGGAGAAAAUCAAAGGUGAGCUUAUGUUAGCUGUUUGGAUCGGGACUCAAGCAGACGAAUCAUUUUCUGACGCGUGGCAUUCCGAUGCUGCUACUCCCAUUGAUUAUUCCUCCUCAGCCGUUUCCUCCACGAUUCGUUCCAAAGUCUAUCAUUCCCCAAGACUUUGGUACGUUCGAGUCAACGUAAUCGAAGCUCACGAUUUGAUUCCAACUGAAAGGAAUCGCUUUCCCGAUGCUUAUGUAAAAGUCCAAAUCGGUCACCAAGUUCUCAAAACGAAGCCGUUUCAAGCUCGGACACUUAAUGCCCUUUGGAAUGAGGAUAUGCUGUUUGUAGCCUCGGAGCCGUUCGAGGACCAUUUGGUAAUUACGGUUGAGGACCGAGUCGGUCCAGGAAAGGAUGAGAUUAUUGGGAGAGUCAUCUUACCGUUGAAUGUCAUUGACAGACGCGCCGAUGACCGUCCGAUUCAUUCUCGGUGGUUUAAUCUCGAGAAGGCGGUUGCUGUUGAUAUUGAUCAACUGAAGAGAGAGAAAUUCUCGAGCCGAAUCCACCUCCGAGUUUGCCUUGACGGCGGUUACCACGUGCUCGACGAGUCAACUCACUACAGCAGCGAUCUUCGUCCCACGGCGAAACAGCUGUGGAAGCCACCGAUCGGAGUUUUGGAACUCGGUAUCUUGAACGCUUCGGGGCUCCACCCGAUGAAAACCCGAGACGGAAGAGGAACAUCAGAUACCUACUGUGUAGCCAAAUACGGUCAUAAAUGGAUCAGGACCCGAACAUUGGUGGAUCAUUUAAAUCCGAAAUACAACGAACAGUACACGUGGGAGGUAUUCGACCCGGCCACCGUUCUAACUAUCGGAGUCUUCGACAACAGCCAGAUCAGCAACGAAAAAGACGGACCCAAAAAGGAUUUGAAAAUAGGUAAAGUCAGGAUCCGAAUCUCUACUCUUGAAACGGGUCGGAUUUACACCCAUUCGUACCCGUUACUGGUACUACACCCGACUGGGGUCAAGAAAAUGGGCGAGCUCCACUUAGCCAUCCGAUUCUCUUGCACAAAUUUCGUUAACAUGCUUUACGCCUACUCAAAACCGUUACUCCCCAAAAUGCAUUACGUCAGACCCUUCAGCGUUAUGCAGCUCGACUUAUUACGCCACCAAGCCGUUAAUAUAGUAGCGGCGCGGCUAGGGCGAGCCGAGCCGCCGCUGAGAAAAGAAGUGGUCGAGUACAUGUCUGACGUGGACUCUCACUUAUGGAGCAUGAGACGGAGCAAGGCUAACUUUUUCCGAUUAAUGACGGUCUUCGGCGGAGUUUUCGCUGUUGGAAAAUGGUUCGGAGAUAUCUGCACGUGGAAAAAUCCGAUAACGACUGUUUUAGUGCACGUGCUUUAUUUAAUGCUGGUUUGUUUUCCGGAAUUGAUUCUUCCCACGGCGUUUCUCUACAUGUUUUUGAUCGGAAUCUGGAACUACCGGUACCGGCCGAAGUACCCUCCUCAUAUGAACACGAGGAUUUCUCAGGCGGAGGCGGUCCACCCGGACGAGAUGGACGAGGAGUUCGACACUUUCCCGACGACUAGGAACCCUGAGAUUGUGAGGAUGAGAUACGACAGGUUGAGGAGUGUCGCUGGAAGGAUUCAGACUGUCGUCGGUGACGUGGCGACUCAAGGGGAGAGAAUGCAUUCCUUGCUGAGCUGGAGGGAUCCAAGGGCUUCAGCCAUGUUCGUUAGUUUCUGCCUCUUGGCUGCUUUGAUUCUCUACGUUACGCCGUUUCAAGUGAUAGCUGCUCUAGCAGGAUUCUUCGUUAUGCGCCACCCUAGGUUUCGCCACCGGUUACCGCCGGUUCCGGUCAAUUUCUUCCGCCGGUUGCCUGCCAGGACUGAUAGUAUGUUGUAAUACUUGGAAGUUGGAAUAGUACCAUGCAAUAAUGGAGGUCAUAUGUUUUUUCUACUUCUUUAUAUAAAUAUAUAUAAUAUGAAUGGGGUAUUAUUUUUGUUUGUUAUAAUUUGUAACAUGUAACACUUCACAUGUUUCUAGUUUUGUUUUUAAUUAGUACACCACUCUGGAACUUAUAAGUAUAGUACCUUAGUUUGCUUCAUAAAUAUUAUUACUAUAAAUUAAAGAUUUUUCUUAUUUCAUAUUUUGAUCA